AUGGGUUUAACGUUCUCCUCUCUUUGGGCGCGUCUCUUUGGUGCUGCCGAGCUGAAGAUCCUCAUCCUUGGGCUGGACAAUGCUGGGAAGACGACAAUCCUGUAUCGCGUCACUAUGGGUCAAGCCAUCGAGACUGCACCAACAGUAGGGUCGAAUACCGAGAUAUUCGAGUAUAAGAACCUCAAGUUUGCUUUAUGGGAUAUAGGCGGCCAAUCUUCCAUCCGUAGCCAAUGGGCCCAGUACUUCAUUGCUACCAAGGCGGUUAUCCUUGUGGUGGACUCGACUGACCCGGCGCGAUUGCACGUCAGUCGGGAAGAGCUGCAUCGGAUAUGCGCAGAUGAGACACUACGCGACGCGCUCCUGCUUGUGUUCGCCAACAAGCAGGAUGUGCCUGGUGCAAUGACUGCUGCGAGGGUGAGCGACGGGCUAGCGUUGACAGAGCUAAGGGAUCGACAAUGGCAAAUUGUACCGUGUUCUGCCAUAACCGGACAAGGGUUGUUCGAAGGCUUUGACUGGCUUGUCACCCGACUAGAAAAGCGGUAGGCGUCCUGGGCGCACGUCAGACUCUUCACAAUGGACUAUCCAUGUCUUCACGAGAUACCCCAUGACUUGAUUGUAUCCAUACAGAUUAACUUGACUUGUACGUCGCUAUAUGCUCGUAGCUAAUUCUUGGGGCACCUCGACGAGUAUCAGGAGGCUUUCCAGCUGUGAUUUGACCUCUUCUUGUAGUGAUCGAGCUUCAGCCAGCACGGUCACAUACUCGUCAUUGACCUCUUUCGUCUCCUUCUGUAGUUGUCGGAAUCGUUCCAGUUGUUCAUCUUCGUCGGCUUCUGUUGGAAGCGAGUCUAUCAGCUCUGACAGCCUCUUCGUCUGCUCAAUCAGGUCAUGCACUAGCUCUUUCUUGUUCGCUUCGAACUCCUCCUUCGUGUCAGCUCGAUCAUACUUUUGUGUGACAGGCACAUCAGGUCGGAAGGGCAAG